ACUAGUAGCUUGACAACAAAAGUGGCGGUGUCAUGGCGGAUAUCUAGCCUUUAAAAACAAAUACAUAGAUCGAGGAUCUAGAUCUACGAUCUUUCUCUGUAUCUGCUAUUGAUUAUCUGAAAAUCUAGGGGGAAAAUGGAAAGGGGUGGUAGAAACAAUUUAGGAAUUCUAGCAGAAGAGGAUGAUGAAGAAGAAAAAAGUGAAGAUUCUGAUGAUGAAGUUGAUGAUUCCAAUGAAGAGACAGAUGUUGAUGAGGAUGAUACUAGUGAUGGACUAGAGAUGGGAAAAAAACAAGGAGUGCCAAACAAAUUUGAUUUUCUCUGUGAUGGUGUGCUCAGUGCCAUAUCUCUUGUACAAGGAUCUUUGCAAGAGUUUCUCGAUCUUAAAGACAAAAUGCUGCAAUAUUCCUUACCACCAACUUUACAAAUGCAGAUGGCAAUAGUGAGUGGUCAUUUAUUGAGAAGUAUCAGUGAUUUAGGGGUGCCAGUUGGAGAGCUAGUCAGGCUAGUCCGUGUGUAUGCUGUUCCCUGGGAAGAGAAAAAUGCUGCUCUCAAAAAACUUCAUGAAGACUAUGACAGCAAACAGAGACAGUUAAAUAUUGCAAUAAAACGUUUGCAGCUUGUAGAUGCCCAUUCUAAAAGAAUGGCUAAAGAAAAAAGAAUAAUGAACUGGGAGAAACUUUUUUCAAAAAUGACUAGUGUUCGAGGACAUAGCAGACGCUGGAAGUUUCUAAUAGAUACAAUCAAAGAAAAAGCAAAACUUGGCCUAGAGCAUGUCCAGGCCUACACACAGAGCUUGGAGUCAUCAGAAUCAGAAUCUGAAGACGAAGUCAAUUCAGAACAAACUUUGGUUGGAGAGGAAAAAGAAGAUACACACAAAACUGAACUGGAAAAUGUGCAGGAGGAGGAAGAGGAGGAGAAGGAUGAAGAGGAAACACCAGAUGUAGGAGGAGCUGAGUCUCUUGUCAGCCAUGAAACUGAAGAAACAGAAAGUGAAGAAUCUCAACUUCAAAGUGAAAGAUCAUCCUCUUCUCCAAAGAAAGUGAGAUUUGAAGAAACAUUAGCACCAUCUCGCCCACCUAUGCAAGAAACUUCCACCUGGACUAAUGAACCAGAUUAUGAUAGAUCCUUGUUCAUUAGAGUUUUUAAUCCUGAAGGAUUCAAACACCCAGAACUGAAAUGCUCAAUAUCUUUCAAUGGAAAGAUGCAUAAAACUCCAGUGUUCACUCAAUUAGAUGAGGAAAUAGAGGAUGUAACUGAUGGACCAAUCAGCAGGCGUCCUCAAGCAGCAAGGAAAGGAGAAGAGAGGCUCAGGUCUGGAGCUUCAGCUGCCUCACCAAAUGAGAAAGACUCCAAAAGCAAAAAGAAAAAAUUUUUUGAGUUUGAGUUCAGAAUGCCUGAUGAAAUACAAGAAGGUGUUUUACAGUUUGGUUCACAGCCAGACCCAGAGCCUGAUAAUAUAAGACUAGCUGUACAUUGGGGCAAAUUUGAGGAAAUAAUAGCAAUAUCUACCAUUGACUUUCAGGAAAUUAAAACAAAGCAAUUGGAGACUGUCUACCUUACACCUCCACAUGGUGAUGACAAUGUGGCAGGAAUGAGAGCUAGAUCCAACUCAUCACUAAGUCAAGCCCCAAGCAUGGAUGAAGAGUCUCUUUCAGACUCUAUGGACAUCCCCAUUGUAUCAGAAGAUGAGGGUCCAGGCACCUCUACCCCCAAAGAAGAUCUGGUCAAGACAAGUGAGCCUCUUCCCUACCCACUUUACUCUCUGCAUAUUGGCAAAUCAGACUCUGUCCAGGCGCCAAGUGGGACACUGCCCCUCCUCAUGUACUGGGGCAAACGUGUCAGACCAAAACACUUCAACCGUCAGUGUGGUACACUGGGAGUGUAUGACCUGGUCUAUGAUUUGACUGGCAUUGACCUAAGUGUCACCACUAAAGAGGACCUGCACAAAGACAUGACUGACAAGGCUCUUUCAGCAUUAUCUUUCUCACCAGAAACUGCAGAGCUUAAAGAGAUAGAAUCAGAAGAUAAAUCUGUCAUGGCUGAUACUGAAACUAGACCACGCUCUGAGAUGGAUAGAGUGAUUGAGAGACACCAAGAGGAAAUGAUGUAUCUACAAGAAGAAUAUGAGAGACGCAUACAAGACCUUCUGAACACUUUGGAUACAGUACAGACAGAUAAUGACAGACUUUCUCAACUGGCAGCUUAUUCACAAAAACCUGGCUCUGCAAGGCUGCAUCCAGCAUCGUCUCAGCACAGGCCAAUAUCUGGCUCCUCUCACCUGUCUCUUCAUCAGCAGAGACCUUCAUCUGUCUUGUCUCAGAGAAGUGUCUCCAAACAUAGCACACCAUCAAAUGACAAUCAGGUAACUCAUCAAUCAAACAGGGAAGGACAACCCAAUGUGCAGUCAAACCUACAAAAUAACACAACUUUGAUGAAAAAAGUUGUUCCCCCCACUACAGCCAAACCAAAGAAUUUCAGAGUUGGCAGACCUCUACCUAAAUGGGGAGAGAAUUUACCUCAAGAUUUCUUCCAGAGACUUCGCCUGUGGGAAGAGGAAAGCAAACAACAUAAAGAUGAACUGAAUGCUAAGACUCUCAAGGACAUUAAAGACAAUCUGGAGAAGAAACUGGCAGGGCAACACAAAUUGAGCAAACAUGAAGAACAAAUUUAUGACGCCCUCAAAGAUGUAAGUCUACCUGCUUUGUUCAUGCCUUAUAAGAGAGGCAACAUCUACAACCCCAGAGCUCAUCAAUAUUUUCAUCCCACAGGAGCUUCUGAAGUUCGCCUGACACAGCCCCCUUCAGUGUUCCAGUUGCCUCCCUUACCACUGAAUAAAGUUCCUGUUGUGAAUUUAUUUGAGCUAAGUCAAAAUUUUCACAACCAGGGACCUGCCUGGUUGGUUGAACGGUACAUUCAGCAGCAACAACCUGGUCCAGAGGACAGUUCUCAGACAGUUCAAUCAACAUCUGUGCUACCACAAGUAUCCUCAAUGACCAGACAAGAGACCUUUCCAGAUACCAUGACAUCUGCUAACAGCCAGAGAGGGUUACCAAUGGAAACAGAGGUGGAGUCAUGAGGAAGAAACAAAAACUGACCAGCUGAAUACAUAUGAUUACCAACAUUCCACAGCCAAACCCAACUCUGAUGCCUGCACUACAACAAUGACUAGAUUUUAAUGAUUAUUUAUUGUUGUCUGUUUUCAAUACAUUAGCACCCGUAAAUUUUGUGUAAAUAUUUUAGUUGAUGAAGGCCCUAUAUCUUUGUUGACCCCUUCAGCCAUUCACCCUGUUUAAAGAAGAAAAAAAAAAAAUUACCUGCAUUUUUUUCUACAAGGCUGGGUUGUAUAAAUAAAACAUGCCAGUAAUGGAAGGAAAAAAUGAGAAAAAAAUUGUUAUUUGGAAUUUCUAAUGUGCCAGCUAUACACAACCCAUUCUUGUGUCUGAGUCCCUCCUAAUUUUACUCUCUCCUUUGAUAAAACUUACCAUUACUACAGUCUGAUAAGGUAAUACUGUACCUGUGUUAGUAUUAUUUAUUAGUGAGAUAGCUCAAUGCUAAUCUAUUACAUUGCCACUGUAUAUAACAAAAGCUCAAAAAGACUUAUUUAUGUAUCUACACAGUAUUUUGUAUACAGUAAAAAUGACUACUAAUUGU